UCGGGCUCGUCGACGAGCAAUUCCCAAACUUUCCGUGUUGCAGCUUCCUGGAGCUCUUGUGUUUUUUCCUUUCUGUGGAGCAGGGUGGCCCAGUGGGGACCGACGCUGGAGCCCGUGCAAUAUAAAUGAAGUGUGCAACAGAUGGAAGAGAUGACCGAGCCGGCGGACAGACCUCUGACCCCGUUAUCCACUCCGGAGCAACUCCUCAACAGGGACUCCCGGGGGAAUCGGUCUGAAGUGGAGAAUGGAGGAGAGAGGAGGAGAGGAAGGUUGCCUGCAGACCUCCUGCUGUGUGUGGACGCAGAGUCAGACCCCUCAGAGAGCAGGAGGAAACCAGCCAGCCUGAGAGUGAAACCUGUGGAGCAGCUUUCACCAAUGCUGAGCACGAGCGACUUUGACACCAAGAUUGAAAGGAAGAAAUCGCAGCCCAAUCAGUUAUCGAAGAGAAAUGCCCACUAUCACAAAUUAUUCAAGGACGUCAGCAAAGAUGAGUUGCUCAAACAAAGUUACACAUGUGCCUUGCAGAAAGACAUGUUAUAUCAGGGCAAAAUGUUUGUCUCUGAUAACUGGAUCUGCUUCCAGUCCAAAGUCUUUGGCAGAGACACCAAGAUCUCAAUCCCGGUGAUGUCUGUGACAUUCAUCAAAAAAACCAAAACCGCAUUGUUAGUGCCAAACGCCCUCGUGAUUGAAACUACAAGUGACCAGCAUGUGUUUGUGUCCUUCCUGUCUCGAAACACCACCUACAAACUGCUCAAAUCCAUCUGUAUUCACCCCGAGAUGGACAAGACUUGUAACAGCCCCGUCCCGUCUUCCUGUGAAAACAGCUUCAGAGUCAGCAGCUCGUCGUCUCUUCCGCUGGAUUUUUCCAGAGACUUCUCUGACCUGGACGGGGUGGUGCAGCAGAGACGACAGGAGAUGAUGGAGAGCAGCAGCUCCGGCUCUCAAACUCCAGAUUAUGACAAAAUAACCGACUUCAGCGGCCUCCAAGGCUCAUUCCUGAGUGCGGUGAAGAGCGGAGAAGUUUCAGUCCUCGCAGACAUUCACCUCCAGACCCCAGGCCCGAAACACAGAGCUCCACUCAACAACGGGUCAGCCAAGCCAACCAGAGUAGUCACGCUCACAGACAAAUCCUCUCAGCCCAAGUCGUUACAGGCCAUCCUCCUAAUCUAUUUGGUGUUAGUUAGUGUUCUCGUCUUGUCCUCCUGUUACAUGGCUUUCAAGAUUGUGGCUCUCGAGCAUCGUUUGAACUCCUUGGUUUCCAUUGGGGAACACAUCCGAAACGAAAAAGAAGUGAGCCACAGGUCCCAGGAUCAAGGGAAUGCCGAGGUCUAUGGAGAACUGUCCACCAACCUGUUCAAGCUAGAAAAGAUUCAAAGAAACCUGCAGAAGCUACUUGAAGAGACUUGAAGAAGAUGGUUGGUCUGCACAGAGGCUUUAUCUUUUAUUAGACAUGAUGGGCAAACUCAUAGACUGUAUAUGGUUAUUGAUCAGGAAAUGGAGCCUUGGUUACGAGGUUCCGCUGGUACACGCGAUCAACCAAUCACAAGUCAGCCUCAGCUUCACCUUUAAAAGCAUCAACAGACUAAAACUUAAACCAAACAUAUGAUAAGAACAAGCUUCUUUGACUUUUGAGAUUGAAAACCUAUCACAUCACCUAACAUGGAGGAGGCAGGGUUUAUGAUCUAUACUGCAGUCAGCCAUCAGGCGGCGAUCAAGCUGCUUUGGCUUCACUGUUGGGGAGCAGUCAUGUCAUCCAUCUUCAUACACAGCAACCACAGGCUGACCUCUGUAGCUCAGAUUAGGCAGUAGA